AUGAGAGGCCCUUUGUAUAAUGGAACAACAUGCAGUUACAUCAAGAACCAACGAAAUUGCAUAGUUAAUGGAAGACCUGAUACAAACUAUCUUUAUUGGAGAUGGAAACCAGAUGAGUGCAACAUUCCAAUUUUUGACCCAAACACUUUUCUUAAACUCGCUAAAAACAAGAACAUAGUUUUUGUUGGAGACUCUUUAGCAAAUAACAUGUUCGAGUCCCUAAUUUGCCUGUUAUCUACUAUUUCCACACCCCAACUUAUCCCCAAAGAAGACACUUUAGCAACGUAUUACUUUGCCUCUCAUAAUGCAAAUUUGUCGAUGUAUUGGUCACCAUUUCUUGUGAAGGGUGAUCAAAGAAUACAAGGUGAGAUACCAUAUAAUAAGAUAUAUUUGGAUCAGGUAAAUGAGAAGUGGACUAAGCAUAUACAUCAGAUGGACUUAAUUGUGUUGUCAUUUGGUCAUUGGAUGGAGGUUCCUUCGAUUUACUAUGAAGGUGAUUCUGUUAUCGGUUGUUUUAAAUGUCGUAGGUUUAAAUUUAAGUACACUGAUAUUGGAUUUUAUGUUGCAAUGAGAAAGGCUUUGAGGAUUACACUUAAUAGCAUAAUUGAGAGGAAAGUUAUUAAAGGGAAUGGAAUUGAUGUGAUUGUGAGAACAUAUUCACCUACUCAUUUUAAGGGUGAUUGGGACAAGGGUGGUACUUGUUCAAAGAAGGAACCAUAUGAACCUGAGGAGAAGAAACUUAAAGGAAAGGAUGCUGAGAUAAGAAGCCUUGAGAUGGAGGAAUUGGAAAAUGUUAAGGCAAAAGCUAAACAAAAUGGACUUAAUUUGGAGGUGCUUGAUAUAACUAAAUUGGCAUUGUUGAGAGCAGAUGGUCAUGCAGGUGUUUAUAUGAAUCCGUUUCCAUUUUCUGAUGGGAUUCCAAAGAAAGUACAAAAUGAUUGUGUUCAUUGGUGUUUACCAGGAGUUGUAGAUACAUGGAAUGAAAUUUUUUUGGAGUUGAUGAAGAGGGAACAACCAAAGUUUGAAAAGUGA